AUGUCGAAUCGUGGCGAAGCGUUGGACCCCGAGGUCUUCUGCAUCGGGGACCUAGAGGAGAAAGGGUCUAAGAAGCUACCCAAGGUGUAUAGAGACUACUACAAUGAUGGAUCCAUGGAUAUGCUGAGUCUCCUCGACAAUAAAACAGCCUUCGACCGAUACAAGCUACGGCCACGAGUGCUCCGAAAUGUCUCUGUCGUAGACCCAUCGACCACCAUCUGCAACACGCCAGUGUCUUUUCCCUUCGGAUUUUCCCCAGCCGCUUUGCAGAAAAUCGCGCAUCCAGACGGAGAAGUGGGAACUUCACAAGCGGCAGCAGCAAUGGGAGUUCCCAUGGCGCUGUCAGCCUAUGCAACUCAUCGACUGGAGGAUGUAGUAGCAGAAGGGAAAGGAAAUCCAUAUUUCAUGCAAGUCAACUUCUUGAUGAACAAGGAUAUCAUGAUAGAUAUCUUGAAACGUGCAGAAAGUAUCACUCUUCCGGUUCCUUAUCGAUGCCCCCCCAUCUAUGGGAUGCGCCACAAUGAGGGCAGAAACAAGUUUUCCUUGCCAAAAGGAAUUGAGUACCCCAACAUGGCACCAGGCGUUGAUAUCAAGUUUGAUACCGAAGAAGAGCAUCCUCUAGCUUACGCCUCAACUGGGAGGAGGCAGUGGGAAUUUAUGCGCAAGCACACAAACCUGAAGGUCUGGAUGAAAGGAGUGUAUACGCCAGAAGAUGUCGCCUUGGCAAUUACCCACAGUCUGGACGGAGUGGUGAUUUCUAAUCAUGGCGGUCGUCAGCUGGACAGUGUACCUGCUACGUUAGAUGCACUCAGAGAAUGUGCGCCAGUGGCUAAGGGAAAGAUAGCAAUCGCAAUUGACGGUGGUAUUCGACGUGGCAGUGACACCUUCAAAGCACUUGCGCUGGGCGCGGACUUCUGCUUUGCAGGGCGAAUUCCCAUUUGGGGUCUUGCGUACAAUGGCUCUGCUGGAGUGCAACUUGCCCUCCAAAUUUUAUACAGGGAAUUUAAGCAGGUGAUGGGACUAGCAGGGUGCAGGAAUGUGAGCGAGAUUUCUCGCGAUCAUCUUUCCGUAUUGGAUUGCAAGGGAGUUCUGUCCAGAUUAUGA